CUUGUUCCUCGGUUCCUCCACCUCUCUCUCUCUGCGCACCUCGCCUCCUCCACCGGCGAUGGUACUCCGGCGCGGCGGCAUCUCUGGCCGCUCCGCCGCCAUAUAUAGCCCACGAAGCGCCGCAUAAUACGCGUCCGCUGUCCCCCGCCGAGCUCCGUCGUCGCCUCGAUGACGCGGCGGGCCCCGCCGAAGACGCUUCCUCUGCCCUCCGCCUGGUCUCCGUCGUCGCCUCCGACGCCGCGGGAGCCGGAGCCGGAGCGGGCGGCUCCGAUCACGUCCAGAGACCAGGUGGCCGUCCUCUUGGCUCUACAGAAGGACGUAGUGAGCUCCGACAUGACAUGUACCGGGAAAAUGUAGCAUCCGAGCUACACAGCUUGCUCACAAGGCUUGAGCAUGGAAAUGGAAGCUAGCUGCCACUAUUCUUUUCUGUUCAGUAAGAUUAUUUCAUUGCCUCUGAGUGCCUUUGGGUCAAGUGCAGUUCCAUUGCUGUCUUUAUAUGUUUAUUCAGAUGAAGUGCACCCAUGGUUGUAAUCUAUCACCAAUCACCGUGACUCACAUCCUGGGUUUGUGCAUACACCAAUUGCUUCUUAAAAUGUACAAGUGGCCGGCUGGCAUGAUGCUUGGUUUUACUAACCUGAAUACUUUAAUUCUAAUAAGAUUCUCCCUGCUGGCCCUGGACACGGAGUCUGAAUACGUGUGUUCGUUCUUAAUUCACUCUUACACCACUCCCCUUUGUCCCAGCAGUUCCAUUCACAUGCUAGCCACCGGUAUUCGUAAUUUAAAGAUUAUGUUAGGAUCUCUCCCUGAAGGAAUCUGACCCGAGCUGUUCUUAAUUUGCUUCUACAUGCUUAUAGCUACUUUGUUUGCCUAAUUCGAUGGGGAUGCACAUGCUAGCGCCUGACCUUGCAUGUGCCAGCCAUCGUUAGGUGUGGUAAGCCAAAGAAAACUUCUGCUUGCUGUCACCCGGCCUCUCUCUUUGUUCCUGCUUCACUGCUUGUCCUCCCAGUUCUUCUCCUCCACUCCAAGCACAGAAAAAUCAACACCAGCGAGAGAUGCUGUGAGGGCAUCAAUUAAUGGCACCUGUGGUGAGCGCUGCGCUGGGUGCGUUGGGUCCCCUGCUGGUGAAGCUCGGCGGCCUUCUCACCGGCAAGUAUGGCCGCCUCAAAGGGGUCCGCCGUGAGAUCCGCUCACUUGAAUCUGAGCUCAUCAGCAUGCAAGCCGCUCUGAUAGAGUACACAGAGCUGGAAGAUCCGAGAGGCCAAGUGAAAGCAUGGAUAUCGCUGGUGAGGGAGUUGGCGUACGACACUGAAGACGUCUUCGACAAGUUCAUCCAUCACCUUGGUAAGGGUAGCGGCCAUGGCAGUGGCCUCAAGGAGUUUUUAUGCAAGAUAACUCUCCCUCUGAAGAAGCUCGGAGCUCGACGCGCAAUCGCUGACCAAAUCGACGACCUCAAGGCUCGCAUCAAACAAGUAAAAGAGCUCAAGGAUAGUUAUAAGCUGAGUGAUAUUCCUCGUGGCACCUCUAGCCAUACAGUCAUGGAUCCCCGGUUGUGCGCUCUCUUUGCGGAGGAGGCACACCUUGUUGGCAUUGAUGGUCCAAGAUAUGAUCUUGCCAAAUGGAUGAUGGAAGAAGAAAACAGCUCGUCCAAGCAUCGCAAGGUGCUGUCUAUUAUUGGUUUUGGUGGAUUGGGAAAGACAACACUAGCGAAUGAGGUUUAUCGCAAGAUUCAAGGGGAUUUUGACUGCCGGGCUUUUGUAUCGGUGUCGCAAAAGCCAGACAAAAAGAGAAUUAUCAAGGAUGUGAUCAAUCAAUGCCAAUAUGGAUCUAAAGAAGAUACCUAUGAUUGGGACAAAAGAAAAUCCAUUGAAAAGCUGAGGGAAGUGCUACAAGAUAAUAGGUAUCUUAUCAUCAUUGAUGAUAUAUGGUCUGCAUCAGCAUGGGACACUAUGAAGUAUGCUUUUCCAGAGAAUAAUUGUUCUAGCAGAAUCAUAGUUACUACACGCAUUGUUGACGUAGCAAGGUCAUGUAGUCUGGGCGGUGAUAAUCGCAUUCACGAAAUGGAAGCCCUAGGUGAUCUUCAUUCCAGAAGAUUGUUUUUCAACAGAAUAUUUGGCUCUGACUGUUGAAUGCCUUUGGGUAAAAUGCAGACAAGGCUGUCUAUGUGGUACUAACUGUCAAUCAAUUGCAUGAUAAAACUAUGUCGAAA